AUGUGUGUGCAGUGUUUUGGGGCGCUGGAGGUGGUGGCAAAGGGGCCGCUGCUCACGGCAGACCAGCUGAGGGUGCUGGGGAUGCUGCCCUUGACGGAGCUGCGGCUAGACUCCUGGGCGUUCAAGCAGCAGCCGACGCUGAGCCGCCCCGCGUUCAGCCACAUCAGCAACGAGGGCGUCAAGGCGCUGGUGGACGCGAUCUGCGCGCGCAUGGUCCACGCGCAGGAGGCGGCCCCAUUGAAGCUGUCUCUGGCCGGCGCCACCACCAUUAAUCACGAGGCGGUGUCGGCGCUGCUGCGGCUGCCCGUGCUCACCGAGCUCGACAUCGCGGGCUGCUCCAAGAUCACGCCGAUGGAUAAGAUGCGCCUGGUUGCCAAGGUCAAGGCUGGCCGGGAGCUGCUGGCGUCGGGGCGCCCCCUCAUAAUGCGCCAGGCCCGCUUCCCUGGCCUGAUGAUCCUCUGA